UCUCUCUAUUCUUAAAAUCCGCUCAUAGUUAUACAAAAUCAAGUUGCCCGACACUCACUUAAUUAUCAUCGAACACAUGUUCUAUUCAAGAUUUGAAAAAUAAGAACUAUUAUCGGGUAAGUGAAAGUGUGAAACACAAAAUUGUUUACAAUACGAAGAGACUUUACGAUAAUCCCGAACCAGGAUAUAUACUUGGCUCAUAUUCUUCUGGUUUGCAAAGGGUUACCAGAUUCCAUAUCUAGCCAACCACGUCCUAACAUAAAUUGUGUCCAAAUCCAUAACGUUUUCCGUUUAUCCACAUUCAAACGGUAGUUAGGCGCAAAAUCAAUAUUAUAACAAGAUAAACAUUAAUUAAUUAUAUUAUUAUUACCAUUUUCCCGCUUGUAACAAUGUAUCUGGUUUUCUUAUAAUAGUAACUCAAAAAUUUGCCCCGAGUUCAUCUUUUGCUCGAACCAAAAAUCAAUGAACUGCAGCGACCAAUCCGCAAAGUUCGAUCCUUUCUGAGUUCCCAAAAGAAAUUAACCAAAUGGGUUGCCGCCAAUUCUUCCUCUGCUUAACCCUUUUGUUAUUUCUGGUCGCCGGCGACGAAAGUUCCGAGCUUUCGAACGAGCGAGCUGCCCUGCUGGAGUUCAAGUCCGGCGUCGUCAGUUCGCACCCUGUAGACCGCCUGGCGAGCUGGGGAAGUUCCUCUGCUUUACCCGUCUGCAACUGGACGGGAGUGGAGUGCAGCAACAAUGCCGGAAAUUCCCGCCAGAUUGUGCAGAUUGAUCUCAGUGGAAUGUCACUCCACGGCACGAUUUCUGCUUCUCUGUCCAACAUUUCCUCUCUGUUGGUCCUUGAUCUGUCUCACAACUUCUUUCGAGGCAGGAUUCCAUGGCAGCUGGGCCGGAUUCCCCAUCUCAAGCAGCUGAGCCUGUCGUGGAACUUGCUGGAAGGCGGGAUCCCUCCGGAGUUAGGGUUUCUCAGGGAGCUCGUCUACCUCGAUUUGGGCAGCAACAAGCUGUUCGACGAAAUUCCUCAACCACUUUUCUGCAACGGGUCUUCGGCUCUGGAGUAUGUCGACCUCUCCAACAAUUCGUUGUCAGGAGAAAUCCCUCUGAAGGGCCACGGCUGCGAGCUUACACGGUUAAGGUUCCUUCUGCUUUGGUCUAACAAGCUCGUGGGGACCAUUCCUCCUUCCCUGUCCAAAUCGACAGACCUCGAAUGGCUGGAUGUGGAAUCGAAUAACCUUACAGGGGAAUUGCCGUCAGAGAUUGUAAGCAAGAUGCCUAAACUGCAGUUUCUGUAUCUCUCCUACAACAAGUUCGUCACUCAGGAUGGAAACACCAAUCUUUCGCCAUUUCUGUCUGCUUUGGUUCGUGCUGAAAACUUGCAAGAGCUCGAGCUAGCUGGAAAUGGUCUCGGCGGAGAGAUCCCUCCUAUUAUUGGCGAUCUCUCGACCAACCUUGUACAGAUUCACUUGGAUCAGAACCUUCUCUAUGGUCCAAUCCCACCUCAAAUUUCCAACCUUGUCAAUUUAACACUCCUGAACCUUUCAGCUAACCUUCUCAAUGGCACGAUUCCAUUGGAGCUUUGUCGAAUGGCAAAGCUCGAGCGGCUCUAUCUCUCGAAUAAUUCGAUCUCUGGCGAGAUCCCAGCAGAGUUUGGCAACUUGCCCCAUUUGGGUCUCCUUGACCUGUCGAAGAAUGAGCUGUCAGGUUCGAUUCCUGACAGCUUUGCAAACCUUUCUCAGUUGAGAAGGCUGCUGCUCUACGAGAACAGGCUGUCGGGUACUAUUCCUAGGAGUUUGGGGGAGUGUGUAAAUCUGGAGAUUCUGGAUUUGGCGAGGAAUGAGAUUUCUGGGGGGAUUCCUGGUGAGGUUGCUGGGUUAAGGAGCUUGAAGCUGUACUUGAAUUUGUCCGGGAAUUAUUUGGAUGGGGCUCUGCCGUUGGAGCUGAGUAAGAUGGAUAUGGUGCUAGCUAUUGAUCUGUCGUCGAACAAUAUCUCCGGUACAAUUCCGUCGCAGCUUGGAAGCUGCAUUGCUCUGGAGUUUCUGAACCUUUCAGGAAACUCCAUGGAAGGUCCUCUUCCUGCUUCUAUAGGGAAGCUGCCUUACCUGAAAUCACUGGAUGUCUCUUCAAACCAGUUGAAUGGUUCAAUCCCACAGACACUGCAGACAUCUCUAACUCUCAAGCAACUCAACUUCUCUUUCAACAUGUUCUCGGGCAACAUAUCGAACAACGGAAGCUUCUCCUCCUUAACCAUGGAAUCCUUCAUGGGAAAUCAAGCUCUCUGUGGAACAAUCAAAGGAAUGCACAGCUGCAAGAAGAAGAAGCAUCCCUAUAACUCCAUCACCAUGCCUCUCAUUGUCUCACUAUUUGCUGUCUUCUCCCUAUGCCUAUUCGUCUACCGGUCCAUUUCCAAGUCCAAGCUCAGAAGCCAGCUGGGCAUAUUCAGUCGACAGGAUGAUAUGGACUAUGACGAGGAGAAAGGGAAGAAGAAUGAUCACAAGUACCCAAGAAUCUCAUACAAGCAACUCAUCCAAGCAACCGGAGGGUUCAACCCAUCAACCCUGAUCGGGUCGGGCAGGUUUGGUCAGGUCUACAAGGGAGUUCUUCAGGACAACACAAGGAUAGCUGUCAAGGUUUUGGAUUCAAAGACAGCAGGGGAAAUCAAAGGAGGAAGCUUUAAGAGGGAAUGCCAAGUCCUGAGAAGAACGAGGCACAGGAAUUUGAUCAGGAUCAUUACGACGUGCAGCAGACCGGGUUUUAAUGCUUUGGUUUUCCCUCUGAUGACGAAUGGUAGCCUGGAGAGGCAUCUGUACCCCAGCCAUGGUUUGAAUCCUGGUUUGAGUUUGGUACAGCUGAUUGGGAUUUGCCGUGAUGUGGCGGAAGGGGUGGCUUACUUGCACCAUCACUCGCUAGUUAGAGUUGUGCACUGUGAUCUUAAGCCGAGUAAUAUCCUGCUGGAUGAUGACAUGACUGCUUUGGUCACUGAUUUUGGGAUAUCGAAGCUGGUUAAUGGUGUUGAUGAGCUGAAGUUGGUUGAUGAUUCGGUUUCGUUCGAGUCGACUGAUGGACUAUUGUGUGGUUCGCUCGGCUACAUAGCUCCUGAGUAUGGAAUGGGGAAGAGGGCUUCAACCCAAGGAGAUGUGUACAGCUUUGGAGUUCUGUUACUUGAGAUCAUCACAGGAAGGAGGCCAACUGAUGUUCUCUUCCAUGAAGGUUCAAACUUGCAUGAAUGGGUGAAGAGCCAGUACCCGCACAAGCUCAGCCCCAUUGUUGAACAGGCGAUCCUUCGAUACGCGGCAAUGGCAUUGCCUUCAUCUCUGAACUCGGUUUGGGAAGAUGCAAUCCUGGAGAUGAUCGAUUUGGGUCUGAUGUGCACCCAAUACAACCCUUCAACAAGGCCAACCAUGGUGGAUGUAGCCCAUGAGAUGGGUAAGCUCAAGGACUAUGUCACUAGUCCUCCUUCGCUGCUGAUUCAAGCCACGCAAUCUAAACUUGAUGCUGCUGCAUCAUCGAUCAAAGCACCGGUUAACUUAUGAAGUUUCCUCUGAAAAAAGUCCAGUUACCAGUCUUGUGAUAUGAUGUAAUUCAUUUGGUUCAUUGUUGUUGGUCCCAAGUUUCACUAGAGCUAUUCCACCAUCAAUUUUGUCUGAGUGCUACAUUUGUUGUAAAUAUGCAGAUAGGACAUUGUUCGAUGAUUUGGGUUUCGGAAAUUUUUUUUACCAAGAAGAAAAGAGUAAGAGGGAAAAUGAGUAAUCUCACAAUGUUAGUGUUGUGGUAUAUGAUCCACGAUUGAACCUCUCCCAACAACUCGAGUUAUUGGGAUCAACUGGUUUAUGACAUGGUAUCAGAGCCUUAUGUGAUCAAGAGGUCUUGUGUUCGAUUCCCGGUGACCCCCAUUUGUUAAGCACAUGGUAUUUUUGUCUUCAAACCUGUGCAAACUUCAAGCCCUUGUGAGUGGUUUUCGUUUGAGGGGGCGCGUUAGUGUUGUGGUAUAUGUUGCACGAUUGAACCUCUACCAACAACUCGAGUUAUUGGGAUCAACUGGUUUAUUACACACAAGACACGAGAUGAAAGUGGCUUAUUAAUUGUGUUAUGUCGGUUCAAAUUGAUUGUGUUUUUAUUAUAAUUUUUUUUUAAGUUACAUCUAAGGGUAAGUGGAAUAUGGACUGGUCUAGAAUCAUAUUGAACUGAUAUAGUACAUACUAAAAAAAUAAAGAGAAAAUGAGGAUUAUAACCUGAUCAAACAAGCACAAACUCUAAUUCAAUCUCUAUCCUAACCAACAUACAUGAAUAUUGGAUCUUUGUCUAAGGGAAUAUAACAAUAAAUUUCAAUCAAAUGGGUCAUUCACUCGAUAGAAUAUAAAGAGAACUAAAUAAGUUUUCAAUUUUAGAACAUAAAACAGGAUUAAAUUAUACAUUAUUCUUUUCUAACUCAUAUAUGAAUCUCGUCGAAUUUAAAAUAUUAUCAUAUACAAUCCUUGUUAAAAAUACAAAAUCAAUAUUGAAGAAAAUAUAUAGUCGUAUUAAUGCUCAAACUUCUCACACAACCCUCCAACACUACAUCACCAAAACCUAAAAAAUACUCACUUAUCGAUAUCCUGACACGCCAAAUAUUCUUCUGAUUACCCCGUAUAAUAACAAAAUUUUACAUUCUGGAACUUACUAGUUGGAUCAUUCAUCCUCACCCCCACCUAACUCCUCAAUCUCUUGCCAAAGGGUUACACUUGCAAUGUCACUGUCACAAAGGGUUGCCUCACCAGAUAAGAUUGAAGAGAUGAAUCGUGGUACCAUAUUUCUGCCUAACCAUAUAACAAAAGAUGGUCACCUUUUUACACCGUCCAAUUGAGUUCUUUAUUCCUACAAACAUUCCCCUCCUUUAUCAGUUGAUUAAAACCCUAUAAGAAAACCUCAAUCAGCCAACCAAACCAUUGGCUUUUUCCUCUUUGCUGAUGUCUCUCCAAUAAACACAAUAUUUUAGCAGAUUGGUGAUGUCUGAAUCAUGGUUCAACUAAGCAUGCAAAAACCAACCACAAGCCAUCCAUGGCUGAGAAACCAAUCUCUCUCUCUGUUUCUCUUUAACUGUCCACUUCACUCCUGAAAACCCACACUGCCACCUGCAAUUUUGAGCUCAGCAGCAUGCUGUGCUGGUUUUCACAGAACCCUCCACUACUGAAGUUCCCCUUUCUGCCUACUUUUGGCCUGUGUACAUGAUUGGAGCUUGCCUAAACCAUUGUUGUCAAGUUUGCCCUAGAGAGCAUAGCCUUUUUUGGCUAGCUGCAACUAGGUCAACUUGUGCCCUAUGGUUAAGGUUGAGUUGGGAACAGCACCAAAGUCAACUUUGGAGCUUGUUGUGACCUAGAGUAGUAUCAGCCAUGGAAGAUAGGGGAGAUGAUUUGGGGACUUUUUGAACCCAUGAUUCUUAAGUAUAUAUGUAGCUUUGGGGGAGAUGAUGCGGAGCCAUUUUAAGGAUUCAAUUAAUUGUAAAAAUACAC